GUUCCCACCUCAGCAGGGACUUCACAGCUUUCCAAACCUGUGAUUAGCAUUUUGUGGUGGACAGAGCUCUGAACAAUUUAGAAGAAAAAGGUGCAUUUACUUGGAGUCCAGAGCAGGAGAAGCCUCAGAGUCUGAAGAGACAGGAGGAGGGAAUCAGCUUCUAUGGCUUCCUCAGUCCUAGAGAAUGUCAAGGAGGAGGUGACCUGCCCCAUCUGCCUGGAGCUCAUGAAGGAUCCUGUGAGCGCAGACUGCGGCCACUAUUUCUGCAAACUCUGCAUCACCUCAAACUAUGAGUCCACAAAACAUGAAGAAGGAGUGGGCCACUGCCCCGUGUGCCGAAUAACGUACCAGUUUGAAAACCUGAGGUCCAGUCGACAUAUGGCCAACAUAGUGGAGAGACUCAGGACAUUCCCACUGCCCCCAAAGGCAGAUCUGUGUGAGCUCCAUGGGGAGAAACUCCUGCUGUUUUGUAAAGAGGAUGAGGAGGUCAUUUGCUGGCUUUGUGAGCGUUCUCAGAAGCACCGUGGUCACUGCACUCUUUUAAUGGAGGAGGCUGAACGGGAAUAUCGGGAGAUGCUCGGCAAAGUGCUACAAAAGCUGAAGAUGGACGAGAAAGAGUUGGAGAAGUGGGAAGCUCAUAUUGAAGAAGAAAAAACUUCCUGGAAGAAUCAAAUACAGGGGGAGAUAGAAACUGUCCGGGAUGAGUUUAAGAAAAUGAGAAAUGUGCUGGACUCUGAGGAGAAAAAACACCUGCAGAAACUAGAGAAAGAAGAAGAAGAUGCUCUGAGGAUCCUGGCAGAGUGUGAAAAGAAGCUGGCCCAGGAUUCUGGGUCGGUGAGGGCGCUCAUCUUAGAUGUGCAACUUCGGCUGCAGGGGUCAGCCAUGGCCUUAUUGCAGGGUGUGAAGGACACCAUGGAAAGGAGUAAGUUAUUCACUGUGCAGAAACCAAGAACUUGCCCCAAGCGACAGAAGAUGGUGUUCCAAGCUCCUGAUCUGAAAGGGAUUCUCCAAUUGCAUCAAGCUCCUGUGAAACGUUCUGCAAGCAAAAAUUACAGUGUUCCUGUUACUGCAAAUGGUCUUCCGAAUCAGGUAUUGGAGCUUCAAAAAUUCCUAGAUAUGCAUUUAAAAGUGCCUUUCUGAAUGAAUGGCCAUUGAAAUCAGGUGAUGGAACAUACCUAAAAUUCCCCUUAAACUUCAGUGUUUCAAGUUAUCCACUUAAAUGUGCCUGCUGGGUCUGACGGCUGGAGGAGAAAUUUAAGUACAAUGCAUCUGUGGUAUGCGACAGCUCUGAUCCUUGGACUUUGGCAUUUUCCCUGGCUGUUCCUCUAGCUCCUGCUGGAGAUUUUUUAGACUCUGAGCCUCAUACUCUGCAUUCUACAAUGUGGUACACCAUGGAUUUCUCAUGUAUAAGUUCUCUCACUGUUCCUUUUCUGGUGCGGGUUUCUUAUUUCUGAGUCUUGGGGAUGUUCAGAGCCUGUGACACUCCAUGGGCCAAACCCUUGAACUUUUUUACAGCCUUGGCCUCUUCCCUGCUAUGCCUGUGGCCAAGGUGUGCAUAUUGUCCUUUUGAGGUGUCUGCCCCAUUUUAUCUGAUUUGCCUGCUUUCCAGGCCAUUCCUGUGUACAUGUUCACUCACUGCAGCCUGUACAAAUUCUGUGGUGCCAUUUUCUUCCCAAUGUCUCAUCCCCUCAAGGGAGAAGGUUAUUCCAUUGAUUCCCAUACUCCAAAGCAAAUGACUGAUUCAUCUUAAGAAAGAGCACUACUGACUACUGUGCCCAAUCUUGACAGUCUCCUCUGCCAAUGAGAAUAAUGAGGCAGAGUGUGCACCCAGCUUCCUGUGUACUGAAGACAGUGCCUAGGAAUGUUCUAUCUACAGCAUGAGCCCUGAGAGGUACAGAAAGGUCACUUCUGCCAUGAUAUUUCUUUGUCAUCUAGGGGAGACAGCCAAAGAGAACAGGGAGAUAGAGGUUUUUCAAAUGAGACAUGAAAUAAGAAUUGGAGGUAACAGGAGAUAUUAAAUCUUGAGGAAGGAAAGUAGAUAGAUUUCUUGAAGACUUGGAUAGGCCUGAGAAUUCAUGAACAAAAACCAACUCUAGAACAAAUAGUUCAAACAAUCAAAUAUUGGACUGUUCUGUGAUUGAAAAUAUUUUGCUCAUCAAAACAAUUUACCAAAAGAGUAAACAAAAUCCACAGAAAUUUGGGGAAAAUUCUUAGUCAACAGUCUUUCAGACAAGUGACUUCUAUCUAGAAUUGUUUUUAUUCAAUGAAGUACUACUUAUGUACAAAGAAACACAAUCUCUAGGUUUACAUAGGUAAAUGGCAUCACUAGACACCAUACUUUUUUUUUUCAUGGUACUGGGUAUCAGACUCAGGACCUUGGGGUAUCCAGGUGGACUCUGGCCCUAGACACCAUACUUAGAAGUGAAAUAAAUUAGAGUUGCAUGUGUAAAGAUCAUAUUGUCUCCAUCAUGGAUGAAAUUGAUUGUACAAAUCAAGUUCCAAAUGCAUAAAAUAGUGCUGUGAAAGGAAAAGAAAGUGCUCUAAAGAAAAGAAUUUCUGUUGAG